CCGAGUAAAAAAAAUGUAAACGUUACAUUUGUGUGUGUGAGUGACGUCACCGAGUGUGUUUGUGUGCGGAGAGGUUUUUGUUUUUUUAGCUGGUGACGUCAGCGGCGCAGCGCGUUGGUUUGUUGCAGAGUCACUGCGACUGUUGCGACUGUAAACAAGAGCGAACAGUCCGGAACCAGAGGAGAUUCACAGCUGACGUUGAUGCAUAAAUUCCGCGAUACGAGUCCUUGACGUCCACGCGUGGUGUUUAUUCCUCGAUUGUUGUGUGGGGCCUUUUUUUUUAGAGACAGUCGCACGGAGCUAGCAUGUCAAGCUAGCGUCUCCUUCUCUGUAGCCUUGCCCGUUAGCCGCCGAUAGCCUCCCCGGCUACAAAACAUCCGAGGGCCCGUUGGCUUUUUUUAUGCACCGGGAACAUCAUUCUUCACAGCGGCCAGGAGCUCCUGAACCCUGGGUGGCUGGUCAGAGCGGCCUCCUCCCACCAUGGAGGCAGGAGGGAAGGACUGUGAAGAGGAGACACUGCAGACGGCGUUCAAGAAGCUCAGGGUCGAUGCUGAGAGCGGACCCGGAGCCGUGAGUGUGUCCGAGGCGUUGGCUCUCAGAGCGGCACCACGACCUUGUCUUGACGCCAGUGGAGCGAAGCCCAAGCUCAGCUGCCCAAAAGACAACUGGCACGGCUGUAUGAGGAAGACUUCUCGAGGAGCAUCCAGGUCCCAGCGGCGUCGCAGGUCCAAGUCGCCAAUCCUCCACCCCCCCAAGUUCACGUACUGCAGCGCCGCCACCGCCGGCGCCUCUGCACUGUCGACUCCUAGUGGCUGCCUUAAGCACCAGCGCCUGGCCGUGCCGGAGGCCACGGACCCCCAUCGCGUGGUCGAAGGAAGAUCGGCCUCCUCCUCCGCCGCUCUGCCGGCCAAGAAAGAGAUCUUGUCUACAGGCACCCAGGGCCGCAUCUCUCCUCUGGUCUUUGGAUCUUGUGCUGCUGUGGUUUCCUCGAGUGAGAUCCCCGGCAUCGUCACUACUGUUGCGGGGCAGGAGCGGGGCAGCUUCGGAGACGUCCAGGCGAGCGAGGAGGGCGGCACUGAGAAAAGUGCCUGCGACAGAGCGGCCGCGGACUUCCGAGCCUUGUCUGAGCGCCACUCCCCGGCGGACGGCUGCCUCCCGUCCUGCUCUUGCGCCCAGAGCAACAGCUCAGAUUCCCAGGAGGAGAGCGGGCCCGCGGCUGAAAACCAGUGCCAGUGCCAGUCGCACCAUCAGGGCUGGAACGGCGUGGAGGUGUACUCCUUCACGGGGCUGCGCAACGUCAUCUCGGAGUGCGAGCUGGGCCUGCCAAGCCACGCCACCGCCGCCAGAACACUCAGCGCCAACGGCAACACCACCGCCGCAGCUUCCUCGUCGUCGUCGUCGGGCUCCCCCCGGUCAUGCUCGGAGCAGGCGCGCAGCUACGUUGACGACAUCACGAUAGAGGACCUUUCUGGCUACAUGGAGUAUUAUCUUUACAUGCCCAAGAAGAUGUCACACAUGGCUGAGAUGAUGUACACCUAGAAAAGUCUAAAAAUAUUAUUAUUAUUACUAUUAUUAUUAUUAUCAUAUCAAAUAAAGAGAUAAAGAUCGGUUUUUUUUUGUCUGUUCAGAGGAGCGACGCUGUUGUAAUUUAAAAUCAAAACAACAUUUACUGAUGUUUAACCGGUUUCUUUAUCCCCGCCCUCGUUUUUACUGACACAAGCACAUUACCGCCAAACAACCUCUCGUUAGUUUUGACUUUUCGCCCUCUUUUUCUUUUUUUUGUUAAUUUAAUUCUCAGUUUACAUAAGACGUUGCCAAAGCUCCUGGUGCAGGGUCAGGGCAGAAGGGGAGGGAACAUGUAGGAAUUUUUUGCAAACUUGUGUGAUCACGUUUGUGGUGUUGUGACCUUGAGAAGUCGCCUGUCUGGAUUUAAUUUCCUUCAAUAAAGACGCAAAAAAUGUUUUUGUGCGAAAACAC